GAUAAUGAAUCAGCUUCUUAGCUUGAGCAUAGGAGGAUCGAGUUACUUUCAACAAGUGAAUGAGAGUGAGGCUGAAAGAGCGAGAAAAUUAGCAAGGUUAGUAGAUUUGGACCUUAACCAUCCACCUCCUAGUGAGAACGUGGCUCUAGCUGCUCCUUCGAGUGUCCAAUCUCAACAACAAUCUUCGGAUGCUCCUGAUGAUGAAUGUCUAAUCAUAUCACCACGGAAGUUUGAAGAGGCCAUGAAUAAUUCUCAGAGAAAUCCGUCUCGCAGAGUAAGAAGCAAUACAGAAGAUUUUACUGAAGAUUGGAUCUUUGCAUUUGUCAAGUUACUCCCUCAUUUAGAAUCUUACUCUUAA